UCUCGAAAAAAUGACCACUUUGAAUGAUGAUUGUCAUGUUCUUGUUGUUUCAUUUACAGGACAAGGAAAUAUAAAUCCAUGUAUUCAAUUUUCCAAGAAUUUGAUCAAAUUAGGUGUAAAUGUCACAUUCUCUACAAGCCUAACAGCUUUUAAUCGAAUCUCGAAUCUUCCAACCAUACAAGGAUUAACAUUUGCUCCUUUCUCUGAUGGUUUUGAUGGCAACUUCAAUGGUUCUACGAACAGUUUCCGUGAGUUCAAUGCAUCAUUGAGGACUCAUGGUACUGAAUUUGUCACAAAUUUAGUCGAAGACAGGGCAAAACAGGGCUGCCCUUUUAAACGUAUCAUCUACACGACGUUAACUGCCUGGAUUGGUUUAUUAGCCAAGAGUAUAAACGUUCCAACCACGUUUCUUUGGAUUCAACCAGCCUCAGUCUUGAAUAUUUACUACUAUUUUUUCAAUGGUUAUGAGGAUUCUAUCAAGAAUUGUUCAAAAGAUCAAUCUUUUGAGUUUCCUGGUCUGCCUUUGUUGUCUCGUCGUGAUUUCCCUUCUAUUGUGUUUAAUGAUUCGAAUGAUUGGACAUUACUUGCCAUGAAAGAACAUGUUGAGUUACUAAAGAGUGAGACAAACCAAAAAGUUCUUGUGAACACUUUCGAUGCUUUGGAAUUUGAUGCUUUGAAUGUUAUAGAGAAUGUUAGUAUAUUCGGAAUUGGCCCUUUGAUUCCUUCAGCUUUUCUUGAUGGAAAUGAUUCUUCUGAUACUUCAUUUGGAGUUGAUAUGAGACGAAGUCUCGAAAAUUAUAUGGAUUGGUUGGAUUCUAAGGCUAAAAAAUCUGUAAUUUACAUAGCAUUUGGUAGUUAUUCUCAAAUACCAAAUCAACUUAAGGAAGAGAUUGCUCAUGGUUUAGUUUUGUGUAAAAGGCCAUUUUUGUGGAUAAUUAGAGAGGGGGCGAAUGGCGAAAAGCCAUUUGAAAAGUUGAGUUGCAAAGAGGAAUUGGAAGAGUUAGGGAAAACAGUGGAUUGGUGUUCACAAGUGGAGGUUCUACAACACCCUUCGUUGGCUUGUUUCUUGACUCACUGUGGAUGGAAUUCGAGUAUGGAGAGUUUGGCUUCGGGGGUGCCAGUCGUGGCGUGUCCUCUUUGGAUCGAUCAAUUAAGUAAUGCGAAGCUUAUUCAAGAUGUUUGGAAGAUGGGAGUCAGAGUGAACGCCAAUGAUGAAGGUGUUAUCGAGAGGAAUGAGUUCGCGAGGUGUAUAGAGAUUGUGGUGGGAGAUGGGGAAAUAAGAAAAAAUGCAAAGAAAUGGAGGGAUUUAGCUAAGGAUGCUAUGAAGGAAAAUGGUUCAUCUAAUGUCAAUCUCAAGGCUUAUGUUAAUGAGAUUUUGCUUGGUGAAUAAAUCAUUUGUUACUC